UCUACACAUCAGUGGGACAGGAUGCUGUGUGUGUGUGUGUGUGUGUGUGAGAGAGAGUGUGUGUGUCUGAGGAGUAUCGAGCUGAUGGUGAGAAGGAUACUCGUCUCACACUGAGUUAGAGAGAGAGCGCAGUACAAUGCCACCGACCGACAUGAGGAUGUCUGUGGAUUUGGCUGGUCCACCCUCUCCCACUCCGUCCCUCAUCGAGGUGAAGGAAGAGACGCGUUUGGUGUUGAAGAGUUUUCUCGGUCAUGUUCUUGCUUUCGCUCCUGAAGAUCGACCGGGGAGAAUCGGGGGAGAAUAUCAUGACCCCAACAAGUACAGACACAGUGUGGUGCCAAAAGAGAUGCAGAGGCAAGAUGAAAGCGGAUGGGAUUCUCUGGAUGAGAAGAUCAGUGCUGCGGAGGAGAAGAAACACGGCAUCAAAAAUCUGAUAAAGAGGCGUCUGAGGCCACGCCCCUUUUCUCAACGACACACCAACAAGGACGCCAGCGCUGACCAAUCACAGAACGGCUCUGUGUCUAACCAGGGAGAAGUUCCAGCUCCAGUGAAGAAAAAUGUAGCUUCAGGGUCACAGGGCUAUACAGAGGAUGAAAAACUCUCGGCAUCUGACGAGGAUGGAGAGCGGAAAGCAAACGAAAAAAAGAAAAAGAAGAGCAAACUGAAGCUGGUGGAACUUUUUAAGAAAAAAAGCACAAAGAAAGAUGAGUCGCGUCCCCAGCGGCCGUCGUCACUUCCUGUGAAAGUGGAUGUGGGGUCAGUUAAAACUCCGCAGUCGCCAAGUGAGUUAAUGUUUGAUGAAAACAUUGUGCAGAAGGAGGUGCAGGAGUUCGACUAA